AUGUAUAUCUGUCUGUUACCCACAGAAAUUCUACUGCACAUAUUCACUAACAAUCAUAGUAAAAACCUGAACCACAGAUCUCAUGUCACACUUGCUGCUCUUGCGAGAACCUGUAGGAAGUUCCAGGAGCCGGCGCUUGAUAUUCUUUGGAAAGACAUAAAUGGGUUCAAGCCACUCAUCUCAUGCCUACCUGAAAGUAUUGCUCACACAAACGCGCAAGGAUACUUGACGUUGAAAAGGCCUCUCUAUUAUGGAGAGUGGGAGCUGAUUGAUCGAUAUACGCGACGUAUCGACUCCUUUACGGUCGUAUCAAUUGAACUAGACAAGAUAGACAUUCGGGUUGCGCAAGCGCUCAUGUCUGCGCCAUCACCCACACCGCUCUUGCCGAACCUUCGUAUUCUGCGUUGGUUUGACAGACACGAACACCUCUAUCCGCUGUUGCGCAACUUUCUUGCGUCAACUAUCACAACGAUGCAACUGAGCUUUAGAUCAACACCCCCCUUGUUUGCCCAAUCUGCUUUGUUGGCUUCCCUCGGAGCUCGAUGUCCAUCUAUUCAGGAACUCACAUGUGCUAGUGCUGGUGAUUCUGAAGAUGCAUUUUGCGAAGCUCUUGGUGCCUUGCAGGAGCUUUUCUGUCUUGAAACAGGGGUCCUUAAUCCACGAGUGCUCCUUCGCUUGACUUCUUUACCGUCGUUGAAGUAUCUGCAGUUCGGGCUGGAGACGUACAACAUCAACGAGAUGCAACUCGAUUCUCCAACAAUUUUCUCCCGACUCGAACGAGUGCACAUUACUGCCCAGUCACAGUCCGUUAUUAACAACUGUCUCAGAAACGUCCGUUUUCCCUCCUGUCGAUCAGGGAAGGUGUACGUGAGAGACGACGAUGACCUAGAGCCGCAUUAUCCACUGAAUAUUCCAGACCUCAUCAUCUCCCUCUCGGAAUGCUUCUCUCCUGCUCUUCAGAAACUUCAUUUCGUGUUAGGGUUCGAUUUCAACGCCCUCAAAGAAGACACACUUGCCAACCCCAGCUCUGCACUAAGCUUCAACGCGAUUACACCGUUGCUGUCGUUUAGUCGCUUGACGGACUUGAGGCUCGAUUAA